AUGCGCUACCACAAACCGCCGCACCCCUCCCUUCUCAAAACUAUCCCAGCUUCCGACUUCAAAGACUUACUAACGGUAGCACUCGACCUCCACACCUUCAGCCUUGACUUCCUAAACAUCAUCCUCAUCCCACGCGAAGAUGACUACCAUGAACCCAGAGACAUGCACCCAUUAGCAACAGCAAAAGGGCUACUGAUCGACUAUGACGAUCUAGACCGAGAGUACGGUUGGGUCUUGGCUUCUGAUCACGCAAGUGUUGAUAGAGUACUGAGCCGGUUUUGCAAAGCUGGUAGGAAGCCGAGCGAGUGGUUCAAGGAAUUCGUGGCCGAGUUGGAGAGUGUACGAGGAUUGUUGGAGAAGGAGGUUGCACAGUGGGAGAAGGUUUAUGAUCAUAAACCUUCCUUUUUGCGUGACAAGUAG